AUGCAGUUCCGCACUCUUGCACCCGUCGUCCUCUUCGCCGCCAUGGUGGCUGCCCAACCCCGCGUUGAGGUCCCUUCGACCAUCACCGUCUGCCAACCCGCUGCCAUCUCUUGGUGAGCAUCGCUAUGAGUUCUGAUUGCGGAUGGGCAAAGGUGCUCCGCGCGCACGAUGGGUCGUCAUUGGACGAAGGGCCGCCACCGGCAAGCAUAUGCGGAGCGAAACGCAUGGGACAAUCACGCUGACUUGUCUUUCGCCUCGUCCUUCCGCCGUUCACAGGUCCGGCGCUUCGGGAAACGUUUUCCUCAGCGCCGUCAUCGGCACCGACACUUCCGUCACGAGCAGCGCUCAGCGUACGUCUUUCCCUCAGCAAUCCGGCGCUUCCGGCAGCUACCCUUGGUGAGUCCUCCACCAUCUGUCUCGUCUUCUUCGCGGUAGCGUGGCAUGCUUACGCCCGCUGUUGCAAUACCUUGUGUCUUUCAGGACUGUCAACGUUCAGCCCGGCACCACCCUCACCUUCAUCAUCAACGACUCUACGGGUGUCCAAAAUUUCAGCUCUCAAAUCCAGGUCGUCGGUCAAAACACUUGCAAUGCCGGUGCUGACUUCUCUGGCGCCGCCGCCACUGGCUCUAGCUCCGGCUCCGGCUCCGGCUCCACCUCGUCCACUCGCAGCGGUUCUGGUGCAGCGUACGUCUAGUGUGGUAAUUACCCUCAACCCUCGCACGAGGCUGCUGACAUUGUUUGUUCCUCUCAUUAACAACACCAGUUCUCCUACUGGUACCCCCAGCGGCACCAGCGGCAACGGUGCCAGCCGCUCCAACGUUGGCGCUCUUGCACUCAGCGCUGGUGCUGCUCUCGUUGGCGGUGCCCUCGUCUUCGCCUAA